AUUCUCUCAAAAGGUCCUCCUACCUAUACUUCUUCUGAUGUUUAGUCGUUUCAAAUAAUGAAGAUGGUGCUCCCAUUAUUUUCCUCUGUAUCACCUAAUUAUGAUGAAGGCGUUGUCAAUUUUCCUUGUCAGUAUGUUAAGAUUCGCUGUUUUACAUACUGAGAUAAGAUGUUAGGAUUUGAUGUUUUACAUAUCCAACAAGUGUCCAUCCAUAACUCAGAGUCACCUGAAUCUCAGUCUCAGGCAGCAAGAAACGAGUCAAAUCUGAACCAACAGCAAAAUAUAUGAAAAAAUAUCUGCACUCCGAUUAAUUUACCAGAUUUCCGCAGUUAUUUUUUCGUUUUUUUUACGGGUUACUCAGUGGGACCCACAGUACAAAUCGUAGCCAAACAGUACAUACUCUAAUAAUUACUUACUAAACUUUCAACUCUUCUGGUUUCUGUAGAGCAAGCGCGAUUUAUAGUUCAUCUCCCUUUCCCCCUUUUCUCUGCAACUAACAAUCUCUCGAGGAGACUGGGAAGCAGAGACACCACCUCUUCAAUUUCCCUUUUCCUUAGUUCACACCAGCAAUUUCUUUGGUUUUGUAUUGCUGAGAAGUGUGUCAAGGAGCUUGAAUUUUGAUUUUUUGUAUGAGUGAUCAUUCGUGGCAGAAGAGAUUUGGACAAGUUCAGGAAGUCAAAUAUUUGGUUGCGAAGAUGAUUAAUGAUGUUGUGAUAUGAUAAAGAAAGUAAGAAACAUGGCCGAUAAAAAGUUUCCACUCAGUGCGAAAGAUUACAAGUUAUAUGAAGAAGUUGGUGAUGGAGUCAGUGCUACGGUCUACAGGGCUCUCUGCAUUCCUCUUAAUGAGAUUGUUGCUAUUAAGGUUUUGGACCUGGAAAAGUCUAACAGUGAUAUGGAUGGUAUCCGUCGUGAGGUACAAACCAUGAUCUUACUUGAUCAUCCAAAUGUGUUGCGAGCACAUUGUUCUUUCACAGCCGGUCGCAGCCUAUGGGUUGUGAUGCCAUUUAUGGCUAGUGGGUCUUGCCUUCACAUAAUGAAAUCUGCUUAUCCAGAUGGUUUUGAAGAACAUGUCAUUGCUACCCUACUACGUGAGGUUCUUAAAGCUCUUGUGUAUCUCCAUGCCCAUGGCCACAUCCAUCGGGAUGUUAAGGCUGGGAAUAUAUUAAUUGAUUUUAAUGGUGCAGUAAAGUUAGGAGAUUUCGGUGUGUCAGCAUCCCUGUUUGAUUCUGGGGAUAGGCAGCGGUCAAGAAAUACAUUUGUUGGAACCCCAUGCUGGAUGGCCCCUGAAGUAAUGCAGCAAUUGCAUGGAUAUGACUUCAAGGCAGAUAUUUGGUCAUUUGGAAUAACUGCACUAGAACUUGCUCAUGGUCACGCCCCAUUUUCCAAGUAUCCACCGAUGAAGGUUUUGCUCAUGACAUUACAAAAUGCACCCCCAGGUCUCGACUAUGAAAGAGACAAAAGAUUCUCAAAGUCUUUCAAGGAGAUGGUAGCUGCUUGUCUAGUGAAGGAUCCCAAGAAAAGACCAACUUCUGAGAAGCUUUUGAAACAUAGUUUCUUUAAACAAGCUCGUUCGAAUGAUCAUCUAGCUCGAGCUAUUCUCGAUGGCCUAUCUCCACUUGGUGAUCGGUUUAGGAUGUUGAAGGAAAAAGAAGCUGACUAUCUUCAGCAAAAUAAGGGAGCAUAUGAAGAGCAAAUGUCACAGCGAGAGUACAUAAAAGGAAUUAGUGGAUGGAACUUUAAUCUGGAGGAUUUGAAAAGUCAGGCUGCCCUGAUUCAGGAUGAUGAUGACAUUUCAAGUGCACAAGAGCCAGUUAGCAGCAAGCGAGCUGAUGUAUUCUCUGAUUUAGGUUUUUCAUCUGAUAGACUGUCACCUGAAAAGGAGAACUAUCUAACUGCUGCCCAAGCACAAGAGGACGAAAUCAACGAACUUCCUGAUUUGGAGAAUUCAUUCGAGUCAUUUUCUGUUCGUCCUCUUCAGGCACUCAAGAACCAUGAUUGCAGAGGUUGUUUUGAUAUCGGUGAGGAUGAUACGAGUCCAAGCAGCUCGAAGAGUAAAGAGAUUGUCCAAUUAGAAUCAGAACAACAGUUUCCACAUCAGUUGUCACCAAAGAUGAUGGAUAGGGAGCCUAAGCUUACACUGCGUAUUGGUGAUAAUUUGGAAAGAACUAGUACUUUACCCAAGUAUGUUGUUUCUGGAGAACGUAAAAACUUCAGUGGUUCACUUUUGCCAGAGAGUGUGCUUUCCCCUUUCAAAAAGCCAAAUGCUAAUGGAGACAGGGAAUAUCUGAUACCAAAAUAUCAAUCCGAGCGAAACUACAGUGGCACGUUGUUGUAUAAUCAAAAGAAUAAUGCCAAUAACCACGUAUCUGCUUCCAUGCAUGCGAUGGAGGAUGCAUCAUCAGAAGCUGUUAUCCAACGGAAAGGACGGUUCAAGGUCACAUCCGAUCUCAGUCCCAGGGGUAGUCCUAAAACCAACCAAGUGAACCCAUUUUGUGGAGGUUCUAAUAGUCAUACACCUCCAACUGCCACGAUUUCGUCAGUGCUAGAAACACUUGAGUUUGUUUUACAAUGGAAUUCCAUGCAGAGGGAACAAAUCCUGAAAACUAUUAAACUUGUGGGGCAAAUAUAUGGUACUGGAGCAGAGUCAAGUGAUGCAGGAAUAGGUGACUCGUCACAGAUGUUAACAGCUUCUGCUAGGCAAAAGGAAUUGGAAGCUCAGACUGUUCUCUUGCAGCAGUGCGUUGAAAAUUAUGCUGAUGAGUUGCAAACACUGAAGCUGCAAAAUGCUCAGAUAGAGAAGCAAUUGAAUUUGAUAAAAGAAGAAGAGGCAAGCAAAGAGAACAAAAGCUUAGGAUAAUGAAUAGAUGAGUCUCUAUCCUUCACCAAUAAAACUGGCUGAGUGUACAACAAGCAAGAAGGUGAAUUUAAUACGUGCUGUCGUAUGCUUCUUUCUACUGUAGCUUUAGUGUACAUAAAUUAGUUUACACGGACGUGCAUUAGAUCAUGUACAUCCCAGUUUUGGAAUGUUUUAUAUGGUUUUCAUAUUAUGUCGUGCAAUAAAUUAUCAAAUCUGCUGUUAUUUCAAUGACAAAGGUUCUAUUUAUAUUAUACUAUGCUCUCCU